AUGGAGCACGCCGACCAACCCGCCACGAGGGACGAGGAGAUAGACGUCCUACGGAGAUGCAUGGUCCGAAUGGCCGAGCAGCUCGCUCGGGGUCCUGCAUUCGCCGCCCCCACGAAGAGGCUGACAAAGAUGGGACCGGAGGACGACGUAGAGGCGUACCUUGACGUGUUCGAGCGGACCGCGGACCCGCCCUUCCUGACCGGGGAAGCUCAGCGCGCCUACCGGGAUCUCAACCCCCAACAGGCGGGGCAUUACCCGACGCUCAAGCAGGCCAUCCUCGCCCAUUAUGGACACAGCCUCCCCGCCCAGGCGCAGCGCUACCACGACUGGAGCUACGAACCGCUCGGCUCAGUGAGAAGCCAGAUUUCCCAACUCGUCCGGCUGGCCGAGCGGUGGCUCGUAGAAGGCGACGGCCCCCCCCUGCUGGAUCGUCUCGUCAUAGACCGCUGCAUCCGAUCGCUUCCCUCCGGCGCCAAACGCUGGGCCUCCGGGAACCAGCCCCGAACGGUGAACGAUCUCGUGGAACUCCUCGAGAACCAUCAAGUAACCCAGCGGCUUUGCGGAGGAACAGCCCCGCCUCCCGGAGGGGGGGAGCCGCGGACCGAACGACGCGGACGAAUGACAGAGACCCCGCGCUCCCAGACACCAGUCGUCCGAGGCCCCGCCUACCCGGCUCAAAACAUCGUGGCCCGCCGAGGCCCCGCCCCCCCGACUCCGAGAGAGGAGUGGAGGUGCUACACCUGCGGCCAGAAGGGCCACCUGGCCCGCCACUGUCCCGGCGCAGGGGACGUGUCAAUGCCCACGGCCAGUCCGUCCGACCAGAGGGGAGGAGCCUGCCUCCGCACCACCUGCUGGUCACACGAGAGGACCGUCUCGCCGAGCCUGCCGGUACGGGUGGGACGGCGCGACACCCAUGCCCUCCUGGACUCAGGGAGCGUGGUCACCUUGAUCCGGCCCGACUUAGCCUGUGGAACGCCCGGGCAGGACGUGGAGGUGGGCUGCAUCCACGGACAGACGGAAACAUACCCCACCAACCUCAUCACAGUACAAACCCCGAAGGGGACCUUCACGGUCCAGGCCGGGGUAGUGCCCAACCUACCCAUGCCCCUGUUAAUUGGACGAGACUGUCCCAUCUUUGAACGACUGUUGGGGGCGGAGCUUCGCCCACCAAGACCCCGACAUCCAAGGACGAGACCGCGCCAGCUACGAAGCCGACCCGUCUACAUGGCAGGCCAUCCCCCACCAUCCCCGACUGACUCCGACGAACCUCCGCAGAGACCCGCGAGAGAGGUAGGACGCCGGCCUCACGCCUCGUCCACGGAAUCCCUUCCCCCGGGGACACCGGGCACGAUGACCGCCUCCGAGCCGAUACCUCCACCAGAGGAGAGUGAGAGCCCACCCCUCAUCGACUUCUCCGACCUCCCCCUGGCCGUUGAGGGACGAGCGGACAGGGGCGGACGGUUCGCCACCGCCCAGCUGGAGGAUGACUCCUUAAGACACGCCUGGGGACACGUGCAAACCCACGAGGGACUAUCACGGGACUCGGAGUAAGCCGGAGGCGUCGGGAGCUGUUUCCCCGCCGACCCCGAGGAAGGGCUGGACGGUCUGGACCAGGAGGUCCCGUGCCCUUAUUCCCGAUUACGGAAGAACCUUAGUUUAUAUGAUUUCCCUUUUCGUGACUGGUUUUACAAUAAAACCCGUUGCACCGCAACCCUGCUUCUUUCAUUAAUUCCAGAAUCCCCGCCGCCGACGAAGGGGGU